CGAACGGCUCUCUUCUCUGCUCUUCUCCUCUCAUCACGCCGCUGCCCUCUCUGCCAUCUCAAGAGCCCUUCACAUUCCAAGCCCCCUCCUAUAUACUCUCUGCCUUCAUCUCCCUCCUCCUCCUCCCUCUCCGACGACUGCGCAAGGAGAAGGAAGGAGAGAGAGAGAUGGCAGUCCAAUGGAAGCCGAGUUGUUCUUUGAGGAGCCCACGUGCUCCAUUACUGACACCCUCUUCAUCGUUUCCAUCUUCAUCAGCUUCCAUGCCGCUCCUCCUGCACAUGGAAAAAGGAAGAAGCGGGCUCAGCUAUCGCGGCCGCCGCUUCGUCGUCCGAUCGAGCAGCGGAGCCGGCAGCGGGAGUCUGGAGAGCGGAUGGCAGCGCUGGUGGCGGCCCCCGGAGAAGGGAUUGGGGACGUCCGACGUCAGCCUCAGCGAUGUCCUCUGGCCCUCGGCAGGUGCGUUCGCAGCGAUGGCGUUGCUGGGGAGGUUGGAUCAGGUGGUGGCUUCCCGGGGCCUGUCCUUCACCAUUGCUCCUCUGGGGGCUGUGUGUGCCGUGCUGUUCACUAACCCUAAUGCUCCUGCUGCCCAGAAGUACAACGUGUUCGUUGCUCAGAUUGGUUGUGCAGCAUUUGGGGUACUAGCUCUAGCAAUAUUUGGGCCAGGAUGGUUGGCAAGAGGAGCUGCUCUUGCUGCAUCUAUGGCAUUCAUGAUUGCGACUGGAACUACCCAUCCUCCAGCUGCCAGCUUGCCUAUCUUGUUCAUUGAUGGUGCCAAGUUCCAUCAUUUGAACUUUUGGUAUGCCUUGUUCCCUGGUGCUGUGGGCUGUGUUUUUCUAUGUUUAAUUCAAGAGAUGGUGACUUUUCUGAAAAGGAACUGCAAAUUUUGACAAGAGGGAGUAUGCUUUCACAACUCUCGUGUUCAGCCCACAACCCUCCUUGUCAUAUGUAUCUUAUCUUUCCCAUUGACUUUCUCUGCCAUAUAUCCAAUUGAAGUCAAUGUUUCUGACAUUUUGUGCUCUUUUUUCAUCCUCUUUGCCAAUGUAAGAUGUCAAAUUGAAAAAUAUAAUAUAUCAGGAAUAAACUGUCAA